CAGAAGGCAUGGCUUACAUUGAGCAGAGAAACUACAUUCACAGAGACCUUCGUGCUGCCAACAUCCUGGUCAACAAGAGUUUAGUGUGUAAGAUCGCUGAUUUUGGACUGGCCCGUAUCAUAGAGGACAAUGAAUACACUGCCAGAGAAGGUGCAAAGUUCCCCAUAAAAUGGACAGCUCCAGAGGCCAUAAACUAUGGUUCCUUCACCAUUAAGUCAGAUGUGUGGUCCUUUGGCAUUCUGCUCACUGAAAUCAUCAGCUAUGGUCGCACGCCAUAUCCAGGUAUGACAAAUCCAGAGGUGAUCCGUGCUCUGGAGAGAGGUUACCGUAUGCAGCGUCUGGACUCCUGUCCUCAAGAGCUCUAUGACAUCAUGCUGGAAUGCUGGAAGAACAAGCCAGAGGACAGGCCCACCUUUGAGUACCUGCAGAGUAUACUGGAGGACUUUUACACUGCCACGGAGAGCCAGUAUCAGCAACAGCCUUGAGACACACACACACACUUUGCCAUGACUUUGAUCUUGCAUAAAUCCCUAUCAGGAACUCACAAAGAAAUGUACACAACUUAUUCAUGCCAUCCUGUUGACUUUAUACAUAUGUAGUGAAAUCAAGUGUGAAAGUUAUAGUGUGUUAUUUAAUGACAUGCAACUGAAUACAAUUUCAAAAUCUCUGUAAUAGCAGAUUUAUUCCUAUCAUGCAGAGCCCUUUGCCUUACACUGAGUGUUGCACAAUAGAAGCUAUAUAAAGAUAUAAUUUUAUUCUAAAAUGUAUUGUCUUUUUCAUUUUACAACUUCUCUGAUGUAUUUGUAAAGACCUGAUUACAGAUGUAUUUUAGAGCUAAUUAUAUGUAUAUGUGCAUUGUAAUUGAGAGUACAUAAGAGCAUUAAAAUAAAUUGUCGUU